UGCCGGUUAGCGAUGCUAGGGUGAGACAGGCUAUGAGAAGGCAGUUCCCGAGUAUGUUUAAUACUGAUCAGCCAAGAGGAAAACAACGAUUCUCGACCCCUGCCCCUUGCAUUGUAAAAAGGACAGACUUUCAUAUGUAUGUCCUUUCGGAACCCAGUCAGUUCACACCAAAGGGCUCAGAAGAGCUAGAACUUGCCCAUGCUGGCCUUGGAAAGAGGAUGUUAAGUAUACCAGACCACUUGAAACAUGAUGAGAUUGUAGCUCUACUUGAGGAGGAAUAUCCUAAACUAAAGACCUUACAAGGAGGUUGGAUGUUUUUCAAGUCUACAGGUGGUAGUGGACGUCGCAAGCUGUCCAUAAUUCCAACUGACGCUGAGGGUUACUCCACAACGCUUCUUAAAUCAGCAUCUAACAAUGGGAAAAACAUAGUAUUUGUAGUUCCACUACAGGAGAAGCUUUCUACUGAACCACUUUCCUAUAAUUCAGUAGAGUUCGCCAAGAUGCCACAGUCAAAAUGCAUUACAUGUGGCAGUCAAAUGCCUUUGCAGCUGUUGCCGUUGCAUGUGGAGGGAUGCAAUGGCACAUUGACUGAGAGUGAAUCUGGGACAUGUCUUGAUGAAGAUUGUUCAGUUCUUGAGCAGCCAGUCCCAUCUACCAUAGGCAUGGAUGAAUCCUUGGCGGUCUGCCCAAUCUGUCUUGCAUCGUACCCAGCUGAUGUUCUCCCAUUUCAUGCAAGCACAUGUGGUGACAGAAUGAACUGUGCUCAACCAGCGUAGCAGCCAGUCCCCCAAGGGGAGAAGAAUUCCCAGGACCCUCAAGGGGAGAAGAAUUGCCAGGACCCUCAGUUCCACAAUCGUCAGC